AUGAUAUCGCGUCGCAACAGGACCUUGCUGUCCUUGGCAAUCUUUGCUGGAGUGCUGGCCUGGAAUGUGGCUGGCGCUGCCGUCAAGGGCGAGACGGGAACAUCUGUAGAGAACUUGACAACUCACGACAUUGAGGAGCAAUUGCAGGAAUGUCCCCUUGUGCAAGCUCUCAACCAGCACAGAAAAGCCUCGAGCCCUACUACUUCUUCCCUCACCGCCCAGAUCUUCGCCUUCCUCUUCCCCGGCACCCCUGCGGUGAACUCGCUGCUGGCAACUCUCUAUAUCUCCGGCCCGCCCAACUUCCUGCUGGCGCUAUGUCCACCCAACAUCGACCCCUCGUCGCUGUCCGUCAUGGUCGCGUUUGCUGUAGGUGGCCUGCUGGGCGACACGCUGUUUCAUCUGCUGCCAGAGAUCUUUUUGGGUGAAGAGGAGCACGACUCGGUCAAGUUCGUCAUGGUGGAGCCUAACAAGAAUCUCCUGCUCGGUGUUGCUAUCAUGGUGGGCUUCAUUACAUUCGUGGCCAUGGACAAGGGCCUGCGCAUUGCGACCGGAGGCGAGGGCGGACACGAUCAUUCCCAUGGACAUGUGCAUGAAAAGGCCGAUGCUACGGCCAAGGCAACAGGCGUGGAGGUCAGCGAGUCAAAAGACAAAGUCCGCGCAAGAAAGGCGGCUGCGGGCGACAAACCAGGCAACGCAAACGAGCCAGCAGAGAUGGACAAGGAGAUCAAUGCGAGCGUCAAGCUCGGUGGUUAUCUCAACCUCAUUGCUGAUUUCACCCACAACAUCACCGACGGCCUAGCGCUUAGCUCCUCGUUCUACGCGUCGCCUACAAUCGGGGCUACGACGACCGUGGCUGUCUUUUUCCAUGAGAUUCCUCACGAAGUUGGCGAUUUCGCACUCCUCAUUCAAUCUGGCUUCAGCAAGCGUGCAGCCAUGGGCGCUCAGUUUGUAACUGCCGUGGGCGCUUUCCUGGGAACUUGCAUUGGCAUCGCUGUGCAAGAAUUUGGCGGAAACUCUGCAUCGGCCGUGUCAAAUGGCCCUGGCCUUAUGGGCACAAGUCUCCAAUGGGGAGACAUGUUGCUACCCUUCACCGCCGGUACCUUUUUGUAUGUUGGAACGGUUGCCGUGAUCCCCGAGUUAUUGGAGACGGGACCCAACAAAGGGCUGGAGUUGAGGAAAACCCUGAUGCAGUUCGCCGCAAUGUUCACCGGCGCAGGGAUUAUGCUUUUCAUCUCCUGGGAUUAG